UAGGAUAUAACUGAAGUCUAUGGGACAACGUGGUGAAUAGAAUGGUUAAUUAAUUUUUAUUGAAUAGGUAGAAAAUUCGAGGUUAUUACGAAAUGAUAUUGAUGACCAGAAAACUUGUUUAACAUAUUGAUAGGGCGGCGACAACGGGGCAAUAGUUAUUCUUAGUACUCAAGCGAUCCAUCUAUCGAAAGACUCACGAUAAAAGACAUCUCAAUUUCUCUGGUUUGACCACCGAUAGAAAGCAGGACAGAAAUUUUGAAUUGAAAGGAAAAAAAGUGAAAGGUAAUUUAUUUUUCAUAACAGGUAUGACACUUUAAUACGUCUUUCGGGUUGCAUUUCCGAUGGAAGCAGGUAUUAUACGCACGUAUGUACACAAUUCUGAAUUUUCUCUUAGCACAACGGAAGAACCCAAGAAAUACAGAGCGCUUUUAUGAUAAAUGAGAAUCUCUAUAUUUUAAAAAGAAAUAGAGUCUAACAAAAAAGGGAUAAACAUUUAAUCCAGAGCGAUCGGCUAGAGGAGGUUAUACGCAUGAGCUGAGAAAUAGAAGUCGAGUCUAAGUUUGGAAGAGUUCGUACGAAUUUUAACAAUCUUCGUGAUAUCAAGAUACGCGUUAUUACCUCAGGAUGGCAAAUGGCUCCUUUACGGGCAAGCUGUCUUACGAUCAGUGCUACUUUAUCGGAUCCCCCGCCGAUUACACUAAGAACUUCAAGCAGACUUAUGUUAGCUUGGCCGUCGUUAAUGCACUUAUCGCUGCACCGACUAUAUUUGGUAAUUUUGUCAUCAUCCUAGCAGUGUGGAUCACACCAGCACUUCACAACGUGUCAAACCUGUUACUAGCUGGCUUGGCGUGCUCGGACCUCGGGGUGGGAUUGAUCGUACCGGCUCUAAAUAUAGCGCGGAUUGUCUCCAAGCUACAUAAUAACGCUUUCAAUCACUGGUGCCAAAUCCAAGUGGCGUAUACGUUCUUCGGGGUGAUGUUUUGCGGAGUAUCGUUUUUAACGGUGGCAGCGUUUACAAUAGAUAAGUCACUUGCGUUACAUUGGCACUUGCGUUACGCGAGUAUUGUCACGUCCAGGCGUGCUGUGUACCUCAUGGUGGUUAUCUGGGCGGUGUUUGGCGCCAUGUCCACCCUGCAAAUUUGGAGCAUGACGGCGUAUCGCAUCAGUGUUUGUAUCGUGGUGCCACUAUUCCUACUCGGGACCUCUUUCACUUACCUAAACAUCUACCGUGUACUUCAUCGUCAUCAGCUACAGAUCCAAAGCCAAUCCCUUAACGUGUUUGGUAGCCAUAGCAACAGUAACCCGGGUAGCGGCAUCCAGGCGCUAAAUCUUGCCCGCUAUCGCAAAUCACUAACUGGAAUGUUUACCGUUUAUUGUCUCUUCAUAUUUUGCUAUUUGCCAUAUAUUUGCGUCCAAGUGUCGACGAUAGUGUUAAAUAUGAUUGACAGUUCUCAUGACAACGCACGUUUGUAUCUGGCUGUGGAUGUCACGGAGACGAUCGUGAUUUUCAACUCUUUGCUGAACCCCGUGAUCUACUGUUGGCGCAUGCGUGAUAUCAGGCAGGCCGCUUCAAUGGUACUGCUGAUACUUCGGGGGAAAACCGCUGUGCAACCUAUCAGCUUUAUGGAUGGCACGUCACGCACAUGGCGUGACGCGAGCGUUACCAUUAAGAAUGACCGAUAAAAUACUAUCCUGCAUAUGGGAUUAGAAACCGAAAGGACAUUGUCAUAAAUGGACGCAAGAAUCAGUCUUAUUCAUGCUUUUUAAUACAGUAAUAAGUCAAAGUAUAGAAUUGACAAGAAAUACAACUAAUGCCCAUCUAUCCUUUCAUUCAAAAACAUAUUUUGUCCCCCUCUUUUUUUUCUUCUCCUACCUGUGACUAACUAAAUGUUUGCUUUUU